CUGAUCUUUCUGACCUCUACAGCAUCGUGUGGCUUUUGAGCAGCUGGAAAUUAUUUUCAAACUGAAAAAUCACCUGUUUACAUACUAAAAUCAACAGUAAUGGCUCAUAAAACAGGGAGGUUGGUGAUGCAAAGAAAUUAAGUGUCCCUUUAUUUUAUCUGCCUGGUUGAGUUUAUGGGUUAGGGUUAUGUUGGCAUCCAGGCCAAUUGUAACUAGACCUGCACCACCCUCCAAUGCUAGACCAAUCAGCAUUAAAUAUAUUUGACCUACAGUAACCUCUCUGCCUCUAGCCCAAUCAGAUGCCAUGCAUUUGGCACGCCUCUGUUAACUUCCUAGCUAAGACCAUUCAACAUUAAUAAAGCCUUAAAAAUUGACAGUCUCAUUAACUUUGUCCCCCUUUUUACCCACUGGCAUUCUUAUACAUAUGGUGUAAAUAGUUAAAAUAAAAACAAGUACCAGUAACAUAUUGUUUAUAAACCUGGUAUGAGUAUUUAUGUGAGGUGCCUUGCUGUUUUCUGGCACCACAGCAGCUGGGCGGAACUAAUGUUUAGUUUGUUUGUUUCCACACGAACGGAUAAUCUCGUUUUUAUCAGCGCUACGUAGAAGAGAUGGCUGCUCUCCGGACCGCCCUCCAUGCACGACUGGUUCAGACGCUCCCUUUUUCCUUUGGCUCACUGCGACUCGCCAGCUCCUUCAAGGCUGCAGAUCUCACCAUAGAACGCAACCCAGCAUGCAAGCCGAAGCCCGACCCAUCCACGCUGUUGUUUGGCAAACAGUUCUCCGACCACAUGCUGACCAUCAGUUGGUCGGAGAAGGGCGGCUGGGAGGCUCCGGAGAUCAAACCCUUUCAGAACUUGUCACUGCAUCCUGCAACCUCAGCCCUGCACUACUCCAUCGAGCUGUUUGAGGGCAUGAAGGCGUUCCGGGGAUUUGACAACCAUAUUCGUUUGUUCAGACCGAUGCUGAACAUGGAGAGGAUGCACCGGAGUGCAGAGAGGAGCUGCCUUCCCCUAUUUGAUAAGAAUGAACUGCUGGAGUGCAUCAAGAAGCUGGUGGAGGUGGACCAGGAGUGGGUUCCUUACUCCCAGACUGCAAGCCUCUACAUUCGACCCACUUUCAUAGGAACUGAGGUGAGCUUCAGCCACAAGCUCAUGUGGUGGAUACUCCUGAACUGCUGCAGUAACGUCCUCUCACCCUUCCUCCAGCCUUCUCUUGGAGUGGCUCGGCCUGGAAAAGCAAUGAUAUUUGUGAUUGUCGGCCCAGUGGGACCCUACUUUGCCACUGGGUCUUUUAACCCGGUUUCCCUGCUGGCAGACCCGUCGUUUGUCCGGGCCUGGAAAGGAGGCGUUGGGGCGUACAAGAUGGGAGGGAAUUAUGGACCUACGAUAGCUGUUCAGAAUGAGGCGCAGAAGCGAGGCUGUCAGCAGGUCCUCUGGCUGUAUGAAGAGGAAGAGCAGAUCACUGAGGUGGGCACCAUGAACCUCUUCAUCUACUGGACCAACACCAAAGGAGAGAGAGAGUUGGUUACUCCUCCUCUGGAUGGGAUUAUCCUACCUGGAGUAACACGACAGUCCCUGCUGGACCUCAGCAGGUCCUGGGGUGAAUUUAAAGUGACGGAGUGUACGGUGAACAUGAAGGAACUGCUGGAUGCGCUGGAUGCUGGAAGAGUCCUGGAGAUGUUUGGAGCGGGGACGGCCUGUGUUGUAUGUCCUGUUGGCAGCCUCCUUUACAAAGGAAAGACUUAUCAGAUCCCCACCAUGCAGAACGGUCCAGAUCUCGCUAAGAGAUUCUACACAGAGCUUACUGAUAUUCAGUAUGGACGGACACCAAGCGACUGGGCACCAGUGGUUGCCUAAGCAGCUGAUUUUGCACAUCCCACUUUUAUCAACAGUUUUGUCCCAUGAUUCCAGUUUGGACAACCAACAGACCACUACAACAUCCUGGUUAACUCAGCAGCUCAAGGAGGUUUGAAUGUAACCUGCUAUGUAUUUAGAAAAACAAUAAGUAUUCAUAACCUGGGCAGUUAUUCCGCAUAUAAUGAUAAUGAGUAGAACGCUCAUUAUUGGCAGCAUUAAUCAAUCAUUUUCAGCCUCACUGAAACAAAGUUGGCACAAACAGACAUCUGUCUGUGGUCUAGUAGAUUAUUGACUAAGAAGCUACUGUUUGGGACUGAUUGCAGUCGGUGAAAACCCCAGUAGCCUGCACUAGAAGCCCCACACUCAUUCACAAAUAUAUAGAUACGUAAAUCUAUUUAACAGCAUUGAUGAACCCGUGGUGUUUUCAGAAUUUUUAACUGUUACCUGUGUAGCUGGUGUGUACCUGUAUGUUACUGUUGUAUAGAAAACAAUCCUGCAGCUCCCAUGGGGCCACGUCACUUUGACGCUGGAGUUUGCACUGACAUCGUUGAGAGGAAACACCUAUUUUUAAAAAGUAAAUAUGUUUGUUGGUUUUAUUUGUGAUGGAAGCACUGAAAAUAGAUUGGUUGGAAAAGUGAACGUUGUAGAAGAAACUCCUGCACUAGUAUGUGUGUGUUUUCAUGGAAACAAUGUAAAGCAACAAAUAGUUUUAAGAGGCUUUUAAAUUAUUUUAUUCUCAUAUUGAUGUGAAAUCUGGCCAGCUGUCUUCCAAAGUACUUGUGUUACCAAUAUGUUUUCACUUUAUAUCUGUUGUCUUCCUAUUUGAAUGUACUUUAUUUGUCCCCCCGUCCUCCAAGUGCCUGGUCUACAUCUGUUAACUCGUCCUUCUGAGGAAACGCAGCAGCUGAUGUGUCUGUUAAGUGUGUGCACAGAGGAUGUAGCUGGAUACAAGACUCAGUUUAGUUUUGCUAUUUUAAACGUGCUGUUACAUCUUUAGUUUUCCAAUAAACCAACUAUGAAUUUA